GUCGGACGCAUGGGGGAGCCCGGGCAGGGACGAGCGCGACCAGGAGCCAGAGCGAUCGCAGCCGGAGAGGGAGGCGGCCGGGCCCAGCCUGACGCAGCGACGCUGGACCAGGCCACGCCGGGCGCCUCGGCCACCAACGCCAGUCGUCCCUCCGCCUUCUCCUCCCGCUGCUCCGCACGCGUGGGAGUGAGGGAGUCGCGCGCCCGCCGGGGGUCACGGGCUCUGGGCGUCCUGGGCAAGGGAGCCCAGGCGGAGGGAGGCGCAGGAGCGCGCGCGACGGGCGGAGGCGGGGAAAGGAGCGGGCGAGGCGGAGGCGAGGGAGGAGGAGGGAGAGCGAGGGAGGGACCCGCCUGCCGCGCCCCGGCUGCCCAGCAUGUGUGGCCGCAGGCGCCCGUCGCCGCUGCUGUCCCGUGGCUGAGCCGCUCCGGGUGUCCGGGACGGUGCGUGCGCGAGGGUGUGUGUCCGCGCCGACCAGCGCCGCCCCGGCCCCGAGCCUCCGGCUCGCUCCUCCGGGCCGCGGUGCAUGUUCGCCUCCUGCCACUGUGUGCCGAGAGGCAGGAGGACUAUGAAAAUGAUUCACUUUCGGAGCUCCAGCAUCAAAUCGCUCAGCCAAGAGAUGAAAUGCACCAUCCGGCUGCUGGACGACUCAGAGAUCUCCUGUCACAUCCAGAGGGAAACCAAAGGGCAGUUUCUCAUUGACCACAUCUGCAACUACUACAGCUUGCUGGAGAAGGACUACUUUGGCAUUCGUUAUGUGGACCCAGAGAAGCAGCGGCACUGGCUUGAACCUAACAAGUCCAUCUUCAAGCAAAUGAAAUCUCAUCCACCAUACACCAUGUGCUUUAGAGUGAAAUUCUACCCACACGAACCCUUGAAGAUUAAAGAAGAGCUCACCAGGUACCUCCUCUUCCUGCAAAUUAAAAGAGAUAUUUUCCACGGCCGACUGCUCUGCUCCUUUUCAGAUGCUGCCUACCUGGGUGCCUGUAUCGUUCAAG